AGCAGAAAUCUUUCCACCAGAUUUACCAUCCAAAAAUCACAAGCACAGUCCCUUCUCUCUCUGUGUGUGAAAUAUCUCUGUUCAGAGUAGCAGUAAAGCUCCUCCCCCUCUGCUCUGCUCUCUCUGUCUGGAUCUGUCCGUCUCUGUGCUAGUGUUCGGUAGCAGCGUUUCUCUUCACUGCAGGGGCAGCUUCAUUCUCUUCUCCAGGAUGUCGGGCCUUCUGACCAGCUCUCUUCUGCUCUUCCUCUCCUUGACGCUGUUCCAGAUCCGCACACCAGAAGCAAAGUCUCUCUCUGCCAUGCGUGGAGGAGGUGGAGUCCGUCUGCGAAGAGACCUGCGGGAUUCAGUGCCCUACGAGGCCCAGAUGAUUUCUUACCCCGCUGCUGACUUCAGGAGUCGGAGCAAUGAUGUGUACUACCAGCCAGAGGUCUUGAGAGCUCAAGGUCUUGGACAAGCCCUCCAGCGACUGGUGGAGAACGAUCAGAGGCGGGAACAGGAAGCAGCUUAUCUGGCGUCAAUGCUGCGGCUCCUGAACGAGGCACAGAAUAACAGACAGGGCAAACCUGAGGAAGAGGAGGAGGAGGAGGGUGAUUUCCAGGGCCAGUACCCUCCGGACUACGAUGAGACCGAGCAGGCCGUGAGCAUGGCGAAGCCCCAGGCUUCAUGGCAGGGCCUUCUGGAUCCUCAGCUUACUCAGGCUCUACUCAACCGCUACAAGCAGGAGAGACUGAUGCAGGCUGGACUCGCUCCGAACACCAACAGGAUUCCUGAGAGAGAGAAGGACAAAGACCAAGAGAUGCUCAGGUACCUUGUUGAGAAGAUCCUCUCCAGCUUGGCAUCGGGUGGCAAUCAGGGAGGCCCUUCAAACCAGCGUGCUAAACGGGACCUGAGUGCUGUGGCCAACAUGGAGCAAUCUGGAGGACCCACCCUAAAACGCUCCCGCCGGUCCCUAGACUCCGCCCCUGGCCCCUCCCCACAGGUCGAGGCAUCGCUGCUGAGGGUGAAACGGCUCGAUGGCGAUGUGGACGAUGAUGAGGUCGCAGGGCAGAGCAACAGAACGCCACACGUCGGUCUGCAGAGAAUGAAGCGCAUAGACACUGACCAGCCCCCCAAAAAACACAGCCGCAAGCGCAGAGCCCUGACCUACGACCCCGCUCUGAUCGUACAGCACAUCCUGCAGUACCUGCCAGCCUAAAGAGUAUGAGAAAGUGAGAGGAAUAACAAGGAAAUGUUUGGGGGAAAAUAGAGGGAAAUCUAGACAGACAGAGGGACUGCAACAUUUCACUUGCUUACAGAUACGCCAGCGUUCAUUGUCAUCUGCCUAAAUCUAAUCAAGGCCUGCUUGCCGAGGUACUCUGAUAUGAUGUUACUCUGUUUCAAUGUUAUACUAUAAUAAAUCCCACACACAUAACA